GGCGCGCCUUCGCCUUCGCCUUUCCCCGCCCAGCUGCCGGGCUCCGUGGACGUGCUCACCUCUCGCUCCUGGCCAGGUCUAUGUCCCGCUUUCCCGCCGUGGCGGCCAGGGCGCCCAGGCGGCAGGAGGAGGGGGAGCUGUCGAGAGACUUUCCAGAAGAGCGGCCCUCGGCGGUUUGCAUCGCCGAGAGAGAAGAGAAAGGAUGCACAUCACAAGAGGGAGGAACUACUCCAACUUUUCCUAUUCAAAAACAAAGAAAAAAGCUUAUUCAAGCUGUGAGGGACAAUUCAUUCCUUAUUGUUACUGGAAAUACAGGCAGUGGUAAAACAACUCAACUUCCAAAAUAUCUGUAUGAAGCAGGGUUCUCACAGCAUGGUAUGAUUGGUGUGACUCAACCACGAAAAGUAGCUGCCAUAUCAGUUGCUCAGAGAGUGGCUGAAGAAAUGAAAUGUGCUUUGGGAUCUAAAGUAGGAUACCAAGUUCGUUUUGAUGAUUGCAGCUCUAAGGAAACAGCUAUCAAAUACAUGACCGAUGGAUGUUUACUGAAACAUAUUUUGGGAGAUCCAAAUCUCAUCAAAUUCAGUGUCAUCAUUUUGGAUGAAGCCCAUGAAAGAACUCUGACUACAGAUAUCUUAUUUGGUUUAUUAAAGAAGCUAUUUCAAGAGAAAUCUCCUAACAGGAAAGAGCAUUUAAAGGUCGUGGUGAUGUCAGCAACUAUGGAAUUAGCCAAGCUUUCUGCAUUCUUUGGAAAUUGUCCAAUAUUUGAUAUACCUGGAAGGCUUUAUCCAGUUAGAGAAAAAUUCUGCAAUUUGAUUGGUCCACGAGACAGAGAAAACACUGCAUAUAUUCAAGCGAUUGUGAAAGUCACCAUGGAUAUCCAUUUGAAUGAGAUGGCUGGAGAUAUAUUGGUUUUUCUGACUGGUCAGUUUGAAAUUGAAAAAAGUUGUGAGUUACUUUUUCAGAUGGCAGAAUCUGUUGAUUAUGACUAUGAUGUUCAAGAUACCACCCUUGAUGGCUUGUUAAUAUUGCCGUGUUACGGGUCUAUGACAACAGAUCAGCAGAGGCGAAUAUUUUUGCCACCUCCACCUGGAAUUAGGAAAUGUGUCAUAUCCACCAAUAUUUCUGCUACAUCUUUGACAAUAGAUGGAAUCAGGUAUGUGGUGGACGGUGGCUUUGUUAAGCAGUUAAAUCACAACCCCAGAUUAGGAUUGGACAUCCUGGAGGUGGUUCCUAUCUCAAAGAGUGAGGCAUUACAGCGAAGUGGCCGAGCUGGCAGGACUUCUUCAGGAAAGUGCUUCCGAAUCUAUAGUAAAGAUUUUUGGAACCAGUGUAUGCCAGACCAUGUGAUACCUGAGAUUAAGAGAACGAGUUUGACAUCUGUAGUUCUGACCUUAAAGUGCCUUGCCAUACAUGAUGUCAUAAGGUUUCCUUAUUUGGAUCCACCAAAUGAAAGGCUUAUUUUGGAAGCUCUUAAACAACUUUACCAGUGUGAUGCUAUUGAUAGGAGUGGCCAUGUAACCAGAUUGGGUUUGUCUAUGGUGGAGUUUCCUCUUCCUCCACAUCUAACAUGUGCAGUAAUAAAGGCUGCUUCUUUGGAUUGUGAAGAUCUACUCCUUCCAAUAGCAGCAAUGUUGUCUGUGGAAAAUGUCUUCAUUAGACCUGUUGAUCCUGAGUACCCAGAAGGAGGAGCAGAACAGAGACAUCGAGUGGCAACUAAAGCUGGAGGAUUUAAUGACUUUGCAACUUUAGCUGUAAUCUUUGAACAGUGCAAAUCAAGUGGAGCUCCAGCUUCAUGGUGCCAAAAACAUUGGAUUCAUUGGAGAUGCUUGUUUUCAGCAUUUCGUGUAGAAGCUCAACUUCGAGAACUAAUCAGGAAACUUAAACAGCAAAGUGAUUUCCCACGGGAGACCUUUGAAGGCCCUAAACAUGAAGUACUACGAAGAUGUCUUUGUGCAGGCUAUUUCAAAAACGUCGCAAGGAGAUCUGUUGGAAGAACAUUUUGUACAAUGGAUGGGCGUGGAAGCCCAGUUCACAUUCAUCCUUCCUCAGCACUUCAUGAACAGGAAACCAAACUUGAAUGGAUCAUUUUUCAUGAGGUAUUAGUUACCACCAAAGUCUACGCAAGAAUUGUGUGUCCAAUUCGUUAUGAAUGGGUGAGAGACUUGUUACCUAAGUUGCAUGAAUUCAAUGCACAUGAUUUGAGCAGUGUGACUCGACGUGAAAUGAGAGAAGAUGCAAGGAGGAGAUGGACAAAUAAAGAAAAUGUCAAGCAUCUAAAGGAUGGAAUAUCAAAAGAAGUUUUAAAGAAAAUGCAAAGAAGAAAUGAUGACAAAUCCAUAUCAGAUGCACGUGCCCGUUUCCUUGAAAGAAAGCAGCAGAGGUCCCAGGACCACAGUGACACUCGGAAGGAAACAGGUUAAACAGUGAACCCUCCAAAUCAGGAAGUAGGAAAAGCAGCCAGGAAAUGUACUUCUAUUUUUGCCAUUUGUGUCAGACAGCACUACAAAGAGGAAGUGCUCAGCAACUAUUACUUGUGUUUAAGCUAAAAGCAAAUCAGAGUUCAUCAAUAUCAAUAAAUAUAAUUUUCAAAGAAAAAAUUGGAUUGCCAUUGUCACAGACCUUGAAACCAAUGAAAGAAUACAUGCGAUAUUUUUGUCAUUUCAGCUUUGCUGGCUUUAACUGGUAUCAAAUACUGUCAUUAAGAUAGUUUUAAACAUAUUUAAUUGUAUUUAGUCGCCGUGUAUUUCAUUUGUAUUGAAGCAUUAAAAAUUAUUUUCCUUAAAUCUC